AUGUCAACACUCGGCGUUCGACAACCGGAAUCGUCUGCACCCUACUCGGCGCGCCCAUCUACUGCGGAGUACAACGCGCUGACGGAGGCAGCCAAGCAGUCAGUCUAUCUUCGCGACAUCUGCGACGACCUCGGCCUCACAUCGAGCAGACCGACGAUCGUCUACAACGACAACCAGGCGGCGCUCAAGAUCGCCAACUCCAACCCCGGCGAGCACCACCCACGAUCGAAGCACUACGCAGUCAAGCUCGCGUAUCUUCGAGAGUUGAUCGCCAACGGACACGUCGAGCUACGCCACCACCCCUCUCGAGACAUGCCCGCCGACGCGCUCACCAAAGCCUCCGGACGAACGCGCGUCAUCGAGCAGCUGAAGCUACUCGGCAUGUUCGAUUCCCCGGUUUCGAUCAAGGGGCGUGUUGAGGAGCGCACGUGA